UUAAAUGAAUGAAUUAUCAACAUUGUAUACCUAGUACCUACCUAGGUAUUGAAUGUGAGCCUCGAUUGAUUGCAAAAAUUCCGAAAUAUAUCAAGACCAAGUCCGAUGGUGAUUUGUCAGCAUCUUUCCCGAGGUGGGGUCAUACCUUAAGCUUUGUAGACUUGUUCCUCGAGGCCACAAUAAUCUAUACUAUCAGCAAUAUUAAUACACCUUUGUUUUCAUGGCUCUCGUAUCUGGGCCGGGUCGAGCAGGCUCUGCCACUCUGCCAGAGGAGCUUCAGCUCGCUAUCGAGUCCCAUGUAAAAUAUAUACAGAGUCUCGACUCCCGCAAGGAUGAGCUCGAAUAUUGGCACACCGAACAUUUGCGAAUAAACGGACUCUACUGGGGGCUCACUGCACUUCAUUUACUUGGUCGACCUGAUGCGUUGCCGAGGCGGGAAACAAUUGAUUUCAUUUUAAGCUGCCAGCACAAAAAUGGUGGUUUUGGAGCUGCCCCAGGCCAUGAUGCACAUUUACUAUAUACAGUUAGUGCCGUGCAGUCAUUAGUGAUGGUGGAUGCGGUAGAAGAUCUCGAGCGGAACUUAGAUGGGAAGGGAAAAGAUUCAGUUGGCAAAUAUCUUGCGGACCUGCAAAAUAAGGAUACAGGAACCUUCGCGGGGGAUGAGUGGGGCGAGGAAGACACUAGAUUCCUCUAUGCAGCGUUCAAUGCACUUUCACUACUAAAUUCCCUACAUUUGGUGGAUGUUAACAAGGCAGUGGACUACAUUAUUUCGUGUGCGAACUUUGAUGGAGGUUAUGGGGUUAGCCCCGGAGCUGAAUCUCAUUCGGGACAAAUAUUUGCAUGUUUGGGUGCAUUAUCAAUUGCGAAGCGCCUUGACGUGGUUAACAUUGAUAAGCUGGGUAGAUGGCUGAGCGAGAGGCAACUCGAAUGCGGCGGACUGAAUGGCAGACCCGAGAAAAAAGAAGAUGUUUGUUACAGCUGGUGGGUUGCAACGAGUCUAGCUAUGAUUGGGAGGCUACACUGGAUUGAUGGAGAGAAACUUACCAACUUCAUCCUGAAGUGUCAGGACACGGAGGAAGGUGGCUUUGCCGAUAGACCAGGUGAUAUGGUCGAUGUCUUCCACACCUGCUUCGGCGUUGCCGGCUUAUCUCUUCUAGGAUUCCCUGGUGUCGAAGAGGUCGAUCCCAUGUACUGUAUGCCGAAGAGAAUAACUGAGCGAGUGCUAGGGCAGCCCUAAGAUAUCUCUGCAUUAAUGACAUUAUGAAUUAUGAAUUGGGUGAGAGUAUUCCCAUUGAUCUGUCCAUCGGACCUUUGUACAUUUGGGUGUUUUCGGUAAGUGGAGAACAGCUUCUCGUAGGUUCGACUUUUCACAUAAAUCUAUCGAUACUCAACGUCCGAUCUGACCACAGAAGUAAGUCAAGCAGCAUAAUUUUCAUUAGUGAUUCCUUAUUGUAGCGAAGUGUCUACUUCAUUCAACUCCUGCCAUCUAAUAACCUUAUAUCGAGUAAAAAGUGGUACCAGGUUACAAGGCAGGAGAACAGCAAUUCAUUGACUAUGAGGUGUUUAUGGCUUGACCGUAUCACAAACACUCAAAUGCCAAUGGUACAUUAUGUUGAAGAAAUAUGAUGUGAGCCUCGAUGAAAAUCUCAUACUGUUCAUACUGUUCAUAAUUUUCAUCAUUGAUUGAUUGUCUGUAGAGUUGUGGUUCAGCUAGAAUCAAAGGUAAAAAUGAGGUGAUGAGAAAGAAUGAGAGAAUAGAAUUGGCCGAUGACAUGAGAAUUCAUGAAAGUGCCACUGUAAUUCAAGCAAGGUGCGCUCUCAUGUAUGGUUAUUCUCACCAACAGAUAAAAAGUGGUGAAGGGCUCCCCUAUUAUGUAUAUUUCCAGCCAGUUGGCCAAAAAUGAGCAUUAUCACGAGAACUUUCUCGAGUAGUCAGUUCACUUCUGAUUUCUGUCUCUAAAUGUCAGCUACUCAACAAUCAAUACUUGAAAUAUGGUUCCUGUCUGCUAUCAUCCCUCUCGUCCUCAUUGUUGUGAGUGUUGUGGGUGUUUCGAGGUAUUUUGACUGGGGAAGACAUGAUAAAGAGACAUGUCGUUGUCCUCAACCUGAAGUUGUUCAGCAUCUCAACUCGAAUCAUGAAUCUCAACCAGAACGACUCUAUCCAUUCCACAACAAUGACAUAAGCAUAAAUCCCAAUAUAUUGUCCUAUAUUUCUUAUUGCUUCCUCAUUUAUUAUAUCCUUGAUUCUAGUUCACAUCUUCGAAGCAACAGGGACAGUGGUAUACAAUCCUUCCAUAGUAGAACUCGAGAGCUUUCACCAUCUAAAAACAAUCGUAUUUUCGGCCUUGACCUUUCUUUUAGCAUUACCAUCAUUC